ACUCUCUACAUUGAACAUGUGCAUACAUGAACACCAUGUCAAAGCCGACGCAGCUACGCUUGUUGCUGCUUUAGACAACUUCACAGCAGCAGUCCAACUCAUGAAACACUUGGAGGGCCUGACCUUUGCAUACGACUUCCAAGACUCGAUCACAUCGUAUGGCACGGCUUCCCACCAGAAGCUUCGCAAGACCAGCGCGAAGGAUGAUGCGGAAGGUUCUUUUCAGAAAGGGGUUCCAGGCGGGUUUUAGCUCUAGAGAAUCGAACGACCUCCCACACGGCACAUUGGAAAGCCAACCCUGAUACCGACUGGAAAGCCAACCCUGAUACCGACUGGAAAUCCCCUGUAUGAUGGCCUGAGCGUUCCCAAACCAUAUUAUGGAUCAAGCGACUAACCUCACUGUUAGGAGGACGCUCUUCAGUGGAUCGUGGAUGAAUGCUGCGCGAGUAAGGAUCCCAUAGCGCAGCUGCUUCUGAUCCGUCUUUGCCAGCGACUACGUUUCGUUAACGAUAUUUCCAUGCAAACUACAGCGUACACGGCACAAAACUUCAUCUUGGAUCUCUUCAGUGC